AAACGACCGCGUUCAGCACUGCGGAUCUGCGUUUACACCGGGCUCGUCUUGUCUUUACUUCUCCUCCUUCCUCAUACCAUCCUCAUCUCCGCCUUCACAAUGGAUGUCCCCGAGCCAGACCAGUCGCCUUUCACCGCCAUGACGGCGCAUACCUCCAAAUUGACCCGGCAAUACCAAGCCUACCUCGAUGCUUCGACCCCUUACACUACGUAUCGUUGGGUUGGAUCCGUUGUUCUGCUCAUCAUUUUCUUCCUGCGCAUCGUCUUCGCGCAAGGAUGGUACAUUGUCGCUUACACUCUUGGCAUCUACCUCCUGAACCUGUUCCUCGCCUUCUUGACCCCCAAAUUCGACCCCUCCCUCACCCAGGAUGAGGGCCUGGAGGAUGGCGACGCAGGCUCACCUAGCCUCCCUACCAAGAAAGACGAGGAGUUCCGCCCGUUCAUCCGCCGCCUGCCCGAGUUCAAGUUCUGGCACUCUGCUACUCGCGCCAUCGCCAUCGGCUUUGUGUGCAGUUGGUUCUCCAUCUUCGAUAUUCCUGUCUUCUGGCCCGUCCUGGUCAUGUACUGGAUCAUCCUGUUUGUCCUGACUAUGCGCCGACAGAUCCAGCACAUGAUCAAGUACCGCUACGUGCCCUUCUCCUUUGGCAAGACCCGGUACGGCCGGUCCUAAGCCGCUUCUUGUUUACUAUCCCGUUUUUUAUCACCCCGUCUCUCUGCGCUUAUAAUUAGAGAGUCGUGUGAAUGUCAAAUGUGCGUAUGUGUGUGUCCCACUGGCCGCCAUCAAUUAUGAUAUGAGCGAAGGGAAGAAAAAUGGAAGGGGGCGGCGGGACUUCAUGGCGAUGCAUUUAUGAAUUCCUCUAUCGUAAUCCCUAUGUUUUCUAGAGGGCGCGUUCGCUUUCCUUUUGCAUGCCGUGCUGGGUUUUUUUGGGAAACUUUUCUUUUCACCUGUGAGAUAUGAUUAGAUUUGGAGUCGGUGCUCGUGCCCGCUUUCAAUGCCUUUAUUUGACGACUGAAUAUAUGGACCAUGAGUAGAGAAUUCGAGUGUAUUUCUGGUGAUGGCUUUUCAGCUUGUUGG